AUGCCGACUAUUGAGAUAUUUUGGGCAGGAAGUUCAAUGACGCCGGGAUCGGACGUGACACCUACACCUAAGAAUACAGCUGGGCGCAAAAAAACACCUCGGUCGCAAAAGCGUUCUAGCAAAAAAACGGAGAAAUCGCGACGGUCUUCGCAAUUCAGAGCACAGAAGGAGAAGACGAUGAUUCAGACAAGGAUUCAGACAAGGAUUCAGAUGAUGGAUUCAGACAAGGAUUCAGACAAGGAUUCAGAUGAUUCAGACAAGGAUUCAGAUGAUUCAGACAAGGAUUCAGAUGAUUCAGACAAGGAUUCAGAUGAUUUGGACGAGGAUUCAGACGAAGCAGAGCUGGGACGUCGAGAAGAACUAUUCUGA